AUGCCCAUUGUCUGGUUCAGAGAUGGACAACCAGUAACAAAGUCAGUCUUCCGGGCCAGCAGAGAGGAUGCUGGGUGGUACCACUGCGCUUUACAAGGACAGGAGACAAUCAGAUCUGCCUCUGUGGUUCUGAAUGUUCAAUAUGCCCCCAGUAAUGUAAGAUUGUCAGUGAGUCCAUCAAGAGAGGUUGUCAAUGGAAGCUCAGUGACUUUCAGCUGCAGCAGUGAUGCCAACCCACCAUUGGCACAGAGUAGAUACAGCCUGUUCAGGGACGGACAGUUCGUCAGUUCAGGGCAAAGUCACACCAUCGCUGUCAUCCAGCCCAGCCACAGCGGACGCUACUACUGUCAGGCCUGGAAUAAUAUCACCCGGGGGCGCGCCAAAUUGAUUAACUCUGACGUGGUUAACCUUGAUGUCCAGUACCUUCCAAUGAACAUAACAGUUUCAAUGGAUCCAGCAAAUGUUAUGGAGGGCAGCAGUGUGAAUCUGACGUGCAGCAGUGUUGCUAACCCUGCAGCUGAUAGCUAUACCUGGUACAAGAGAACAGAUUCUCCCACCUCCAGCUCUUCUCCCAGCUCCAGCUCCCAGCUGCUGCAGGUGGGCUCAGGACAGGUGCUGUCUAUUCCCUCUGUGGAAACAUCCCACACCGGACUCUACCUCUGCCAGGCCAGGAACAGUCUGGGGGAGAACAACGCCCCGGAGGUGCUGCUGACAGUGGGAAAGGACAAUGGCUGA